AGUUCUGGUGGUCAGAAGUCCAAAAUCAGUUUCAUUUUGGCUAAAGUCAAGCUGGUGAUAUUAAAAUGUCUGACAAUGCUGGUGACACCCUAGCCACUGGAGACAAAGCAGAAAUUACAGAGAUGCCCAAUAGUGAUUCUUUACCCAAAGAUGCAGAAGUGCACUGUGAUUCAGCUACAAUUUCAAACGAGCCAACACCAGCUGACCCCAGAGGAGAGGAGCAUGAAGAUGCAACCAUUCAAGGAGCAGAGACUGCUGACAUUAGGCAUCCUGAGCAGCCCAAAGAGACCAGUGCCAUGGAGCCCCCCCUCAAUGGAGAAGUGACUGAGGAUGUGCUUGCCAAAUGUAUUGACUCCGUCAACCUCGAGGCAGAAUCCGGAUCCGAAAUACCUCUGAAAGAACAGAAUAAUCCGGCUGUGGAUUCCCCUCCACAUGGAGGGGGAUGGGCCGGCUGGGGCUCCUGGGGCAAAUCUCUGCUCUCAUCAGCAUCUGCCACAGUAGGACAUGGGAUAACAGCAGUCAAGGAAAAAGCAGGGGCCACCCUACGGAUUCAUAGUGUAAAUGCCAGCUCUUCCGAAGGGGCCCAACCUGAUACCGAAAAUGGAGUCCCUCAAAUAGCAGAUGCGGCCACAGAUCAGAGUCCCGCAGAAAGCCCACCCACGUCUCCUGCGUCAGGGUCUCGGGGCAUGCUGUCAGCCAUCACCAAUGUGGUUCAAAACACAGGUAAAAGCGUCUUAACGGGUGGUCUUGAUGCUCUGGAAUUCAUAGGCAAGAAAACCAUGAAUGUCCUUGCAGAAAGUGACCCAGGCUUUAAGCGGACCAAGACACUCAUGGAGAGAACCGUUUCCUUAUCUCAGAUGUUAAGGGAAGCCAAAGAGAAAGAGAAGCAGAGACUGGCUCAGCACCUCACGGCUGAGAGGACCGCACACUACGGGAUGCUGUUUGAUGAGUAUCAAGGUUUGUCACACCUGGAAGCCUUGGAAAUUUUAUCCAAUGAAAGUGAGAGCAAGGUUCAGUCAUUUUUAGCAACCCUUCAUGGAGAGAAGCUGGAACUCUUAAAAAAUGACCUAAUUUCCAUUAAAGACAUCUUUGCAGCCAAAGAAUUAGAGAAUGAAGAGAAUCAAGAAGAACAAGGUAAAGGCUUAGAAGAAAAGGGAGAAGAAUUUGCUAGCAUGCUCACAGAGCUUCUCUUUGAAUUACAUGUCGCGGCCACGCCUGACAAACUCAAUAAGGCGAUGAAAAAAGCUUAUGACUGGGUGGAAGAAGAUCAAACCAUGGUGUCGGUAGAUGUGGCAGAAGAAUCAGAGGAGAAAACUAAGAAUGAAGAAAAGGAAGAGAAACCUGAAAACCCCAAAGAACACAGAAAGGAAGAAAGGAGAACAAAGACAGUUGAGGAAAUCUACAUGCUGUCCAUUGAAAGUCUGGCAGAAGUAACAGCACGCUGUAUUGAGCAGCUUCAUAAAGUAGCAGAAUUAAUUCUUCAUGGGCAAGAAGAGGAAAAACCAGCUCAGGAUCAAGCAAAAGUUCUGAUAAAAUUAACUACUGCAAUGUGCAAGGAAGUGGCCUCCUUAUCAAAGAAGUUUACGAAUUCUUUAACCACUAUUGGGAGCAACAAGAAGGCGGAGGUCCUUAACCCCAUGAUCAAUAGUGUAUUGUUAGAGGGCUGCAAUAGCACGGCAUACGUACAGGACGCCUUCCAGCUGCUGCUGCCCGUUCUCCAGGUUUCACAUAUCCAGACCAGUUGUUCAAAAGCACAGCCGUGACCUGGCCAGACUCCAUCUAAUUAAAGGAAAUGGCAGGCCACAAUGCUAUGAUAUAUAUACCAUUCAAGGGGAUGUUUUCUAUGCAUCUGACCGCAGAUGCCCGUUUGAAGACACUACAAGCAAUUUUGCACAGACAGUAUUGAGAAUGCAAGUUUAAAGAGAGUAUCAUUUCUCUUAAUGUAUAUGGUUGUUUUUAGAAGUAAUUGUAUUUUCUUUAUGUUAAUUUAAACUUACAUGGCUUUGUAUUGAUAAUUUCCCUUAAACUGAAGUUCAUUCACAAAUAUUCAUUUCCAUUUUCCUGGUCAAGUAUGCUAUAUUUAGAAAUAUAUGGGCAGACCGUAAACUUUUUUCAAUCGUUUAAAUUUCCCAUUCUUACAGUAUUACUUUAAAUCAGUUCUUUUGCUGAACUUAGUUUUGUUACAUGAACGUCGUGGGCAAAGAUAACACUACUUAUAGAUUUUACCUAUUAUGGUAAAAGAGAAACAUAAGUACCUCUUUAUAGCCAUUCAUUCUCUAAACAAGCAUUUAUUGAGCUCCUACUGUGUGCUCACAAUAGAGGAAUGUGAUCUCAUCCCAGUAGAGAUAGAUGUUCUGAAAGAAGUUUAUAAUAAUUCUUAAAAUGCUUUAAAAUACUAAUAAAUUUUCUAAACCUUAAAAAAUUUGAAGAACAAGGUAAACUAGUGGUUUUUAAAAUGUUCUACCCUCCGAUUUAUUGUAUUUUCCCACACUCCUUGAACUUUUUUAUCCCAAACUUUAUACAUGGGGUGAAAGUAUAUAUGAAAAGGGAUACUAAAGAGUAUUUAGCUUAAAAUUGGCUUCUUAUGACCAUAAGUAUAUAAUAGCAUAAUUACAAAGCUUGGGAGUAUUCAAAUAAAAAAUUAAAGGGAUUUCAACACAGUAGACACUCAGGACUGCAUUUUUAAGUCUAGUACAGUUGAGUCAAGCUGUUCCGGGAAUACACAGAUCACUCUCACUGGUGGUAAAUACCGUCAUUGCUUCUAAAGACAGAAAAUACUAAUGUGUGGGUUGGCAAACUGUUAUAUUGAUCGAUGAGAGGCUGCACAGAAGACCCUGCAGCCAAAAGAGGCAUUGUCAAUGGGGACUCCCACUCCUGAGCUCCAUAUGUUCAUUCCGGGUGGGGGUUCUGUAUAAUGCUCCUAUUUCAGAGCCUCAUUGACAUCCUUACAGGCAUUGUCACAAGACGUCUUGUCCAGUGGCUCUCUCUAGGGCAGAUGAAGCCUCUGGUUUUGCAAGGGUGAAAAUCCCUCAUUCACAUUCGCUUUUAUUCUCCUAAUAGAGUAGACUGCCUUUGUUCCAUGCAGGCAAAGUCGGGAUAUUUUAAUAUCCUACGACUUACUAACAUUUCAUUUGUCUAUGUCCUGUAUUUCAUUUGUGUAGUUUUUGAAACAGCCAAAUAGAAAACAUAAGAACAAUUUAUUUACAAUCUAGAAAAAAAAUUCUCUGAGGAAUCAAAGAUGCUUUUUUUUCUACUUGCUUUUUGAUUGCCUGAAAUGUUUCCAUUAGUAAGUCUAGAGAACAAUUAUAACUGAUGAAAAUGUUGCAUUUGCCUCUUCAUAAAUUUUAGACUUUUUAUGUAUAGAGCAGAGAAAAGGACUUAGAUUUACAAUUUCUUCACAUCAGACUUUUUAGCAUCAGAUGGAUUUAUAGACAUUAACUGCAAAUGUAAAAGAAACAGUUUCAAAGGAGCUAGAUUCCCGGAAUUAGACUUUAAGCCUAACUGUACCCAUGUAAUGCAUAGCAAAAUUUUAAUCAUAAAAUAAAAUAGAAAUCUGUAAAAGAAUAAGAGAGAGAAUUAUUCUUUAAAAAGUAGUUGACAUUAUUUACAUUGUAUUUACAUAUCUUUUAACGAUAGAAUAUCAAAGGUUGCCAGGUGGAAAUGUAGGCUGAGAGAUGAUUCCUGGCGCCUAACUCCACGGUCUGAAUUACGUUAUUUAAGAGAGAAUAAUCACUUAAAAUAUAUCCAUGCUCCAGGGUUGCUGUCUUUCAAUACUGUUUUUCACCGUCACUUUUAAAUAAUUGCUUCUUUGCUUUGCUUUAAAACCUGGCAAAGCACAGGAUCCAGAUCUGGGCAAAUGUCAGUCAGUUGCUGAAUGAAUGAUUUAGCAGGCUUACUUUGGAAGUUUUCUAUUCCUUCAAUAAUCCUUUACAUAAAUUGGGUUCAUUUCACUCUAUGCAAUUACCCUGAUCAAGUGUGCCAGUUUUUUUCUUACAUCAAGUGCAAAAUAAGUUCUGGUCUAAAUAAUGAAUGUAAUCCUGUGCCUGUGCCAUAUUAAAUAAAAAGCAUCAAAAGCGUAUUUCAAAUUCAAAGCAAAACACAUCCAAGAAAAAUUGCUUUGGGUUAUUGAUACAUGCAUACAGUGCCAAAGGGUGAAAUUGAGUCCCAGAUCUUAAAGCAGAGGCCUAAGCUUAAAUAUUCUGUCCCACUGAGAACAGAAGUCUCUCUUUCUCUGGAUCUCACACUGGGCUGCACAUCAAGCUUAUGAUUAGAUGAGUAGUGUGACUGGUGAGGCAGUGGCAAGACUGAGCUGGGAUACGCAGCAUCUCAGCAACACCAACCAAGGAACGAUGGAAACUGGGAACUACAGACCUCAAAGGGGAUGAAAGAAGCACCAGCCUUGGGUGGGCUAAAGAAAAGUGCUAAAUAUAGGGUAGAGGUCUGAACUCAGAAAUGAGAGCAGUACUAGCGCUUUGUGGAAGUCAGCUGCCCCGGAGUGCUUGUAUAUCUGGGAAGUCACACUUCUGCACAGGUCAGCCAUACCGCAUGUAAGUUAGAAGCCAAAGCAGACAGAUUCCAAUCAUAACCAUCCCACAGGUCCAGGACAUAACAUCUCAGGGAAGUAAAUUUAGCAAAAAUGUGAAAUAAACAUAUCUCUCUUCUUUCCUAAAAAACAAAAACAAAAAUAUAUGUAGUACAUAUAUUUGUAUAUACAUAUAUACUAUAUAUAUGAGCGUAUGCUGAACAGAUGGAGUAGGUCAUAAUACAUGACUUCAAUCUGCAUUUAAUUUUAUAAAAGCAAUUACUCUUGAGGGCCAAGCUAAUUUUUGUAAUGUAAAAACUGCCUUUUGAUCUUGCUCUUAAGCGUGCCCUACAUUCUGAUAUUCAGAUCCAGGCUUCAACUUGGUUUCUUAAAUUAUUGUGUUUGUAAAGGCACGUUGGAAGAGGUUGUACUGAAAAUCCAUCUUAGAACUGCAAUUUUGCUGUGGUUUUGUAGUUGAUUAAAAUUCCAAAAGCCAUAGGAUUGGAUUCAGACCAGCCAUUCUUCUCUUAAAAGGAAAAUAAUCACGUCAUUAACCACGUGUCUUAUUUUUCUAGAUAACUCAUAACCUGUUCAGGUUUCUGUUCGUUUUCUAGAUAUUCACCUAUAAUAGAUGCUCCGCUUCAAUAUCUGCUAUUAAACAGAUCUGAGGAAAGUUAC